AUGUCUGAAUCAGAAGAGCUGAAUAUUACUGUAGCAGUCCGUUGCAGGGGCCGAAACGAGAAAGAAAUAGAAGCGCGCAGUUCUGUGGUAGUGGCUAUCCCUGACCUUACUGGAAGCAACGAGGUUUCUAUUAAUACAACAGGGGAAACAGGUAUAGCUGCUCAAAUAAACUCUAAAACGUACACUGUCGACAAAGUAUUUGGACCUAGUGCGGAUCAACAGCUAGUUUUUGAAAGCAUCGCAGAGCCUUUAUUCCAGGAUUUUAUCAAGGGCUAUAAUUGCACUAUACUAGUCUAUGGCAUGACUUCAACGGGUAAAACUUAUACGAUGACCGGAGACGAGAGACUUUAUGAAGGGGAACUCAGCGAAGGCGCAGGGGUAAUUCCACGCGUCCUUUUCAAGAUUUUCGACGCGCUGGAUGAUGCGUGCAGUGACGACUACAUGAUCAAGUGCUCGUUCGUUGAACUGUAUAAUGAAGAGCUUAAAGACCUCCUAGACGAUGUCCAGGAUGCAAGCAUGCCCAAAAAGCUGCGAAUCUUCGACUCUACCAGCAAUCACAAUAGCAUCACUGGCAGUAGAAGUAGCUCUACAACCAAUUCUCCAAAAUACGCGGAAUCGCACUUCUCUGGCUCUAGCUUCAAUUCAAGGCGAAGGAUGAGAGUUUCGUCGAACGUUUCAAAAAGACCUAAAUCGCCGGUCCCUAGAACUUCAUUUACCACGGAUACGAACUCCGCAAUUCAUAUCCAAAACUUACAAGAAUUUCAUAUCAUGAAUGCCAAGGAAGGAAUUCAGUUACUUCAACGCGGCCUAAGGCAAAGACAGGUUGCAUCAACAAAAAUGAAUGAUUUCUCAAGUCGAUCCCAUACCAUAUUUACUAUAAUGCUUUACAAAAAGUGCGACGAUGAAAAUUUUCGAGUCUCUAAGAUGAAUUUGGUUGAUUUGGCUGGUUCCGAAAACAUCAGUAGAUCUGGUGCCCAAAAUCAAAGAGCAAAAGAAGCGGGGUCGAUAAAUCAAAGCUUAUUGACCCUGGGGAGAGUGAUCAACUCUCUAGCCGACAAAAGUGCACAUAUCCCCUUCCGAGAAUCUAAGUUGACGAGGCUAUUACAGGAUUCCCUUGGAGGUAAUACCAAAACUGCCUUGAUUGCCACAAUCUCACCUGCCAAGAUCAAUUCCGAGGAGACCUCUAGCACGUUAGAAUAUGCUUCAAAGGCGAAGAACAUCAAAAAUAGGCCUCAGGUGGGAAGUUUCAUUAUGAAAGAUGUUUUGGUCAAAAGCAUCACUGCAGAGCUGAUUAAGAUUAAGUCCGACUUGUUGUCCACAAAGGCAAAAGACGGAGUAUACAUGAGUCAGGAGAAUUAUAAGGAGUUGACCAAUGAGUUAGAAAAUUACAAGACCGAGGUGCAGGAAUGUAAACGUUCGAUUGAAAAGCUGAACUCUCAGAAUGCCAUACUUUCAAAAGAGAAAAAGCUCUGCAGUGAAAUGAAUGAGUCACAAAAAAUUAAAGUUCGGAAUUUGGGCAGCAACAUAGAGUAUCUCUAUGAUAAGAUCGACAGGCAGCAUAGAAACGAACAGGAGCUAUCAAAUGUGGUCCAAGAUCUGAUGCAUGCUUUACAUGCAAUGCAGAAGUCAUUACAGGUAUAUGAGGAUCAAGGGCAGCGAUUUCAAACUGAAAUGGAGAAGGUUCUUUACGAUAAUAUUGGAUCCUUCAGAAAUUCACUCGUACAAGAGAUUGAAAAACUGAAAGGCAACAUCGACGAAAAUAGUAUCGACGUCGAUGUCAAUAUUGACUUUGUCAGCAGGGAGAUUUUUCGCUUGUUUGAGUCUCUUGACUCUUCGAGCAACGAAAUUUGUCAAAAAUUUGCUCACGAACUAUCAAUUCAGACACCCAAGCAAUUCAAAGAGAUACAUGAACAAGUGGAGACUAUAACCUCAGUCGUCAAAGCUUACUCUUCCAAUUUAAUGACCCACCUUAGCAGCAUUAGUGAGGAUUACAACAAUCUAAAAGAUUAUCUUAACGAGCAUUUUUUCAAGAAUAAUUUUCAAGAGGCCCUUGAUAUGCAUGUUGAACGCACAUAUCAUCAGUUGAGGCUUUCGGCCAACUCUGUUUUCACUCAGUUGAGAGAAUUGAUGAAUGAUCACCUUGAAAACAACAAGAAUUCGAUGAUGCAGAGUCUUAAGCAUGCGGCUUCUGAGGUAGUGGCUAAAGAGAUGGGACUUCUUGACCCUGUUAAACAAGCAUGGGAAAAGUCCCUAGAGAAUAUUAACGAAUGUGAUAAGCUUACUAAUGAUUUCGAAAGUAAUAUGGACACGGCUGUCAAUGGCGUGUACAGCAAAUUAGACUUGGCGAGGGGAUGGUCCGAAUACACCAUGAAGGAUGUGGAACGCAAUUUAUUGAGUCUUAGAGAUUUGUCGGCUGAUUUUCGAAAUAACGGCGUAAUCAACGACAAUGUUGGCAGUAUUAAACGAAAGCACACCUUGCUCAGGGCCCAAGUACAAAACAGCGCCAACUACAUGCAGGCUGCUACACAAAAGUUCGGCGAAAUCGACCAGUCUAUACAAGAUUUGCUGAGUAGUCAGGCUGUUCCCCAAUUGCGCGGAGAAGAGCGAAUAGAGUGUUUGCUGGAGCAAUUAAACGAAAAACCCCUCAAACCUUUGGGACCAUCGGGUAAGACUCCCAAAAGGAUCACCGAGCACAGAAAUACAAGAAACGUGGAUCAACUGCUCCCACCGCGCAAGAGGUCCUAUUCGAACUCCCCUAUCAAAGAAAUCGAUGGCAACAGGCGAACCAUAUCUCCGACUAAGCGCAAAGUAGUUGAGCUUGGUGAUCCAAUCGAACCGAACUCUGAACACGUAGAAUAA